AUGUCUGGCAGCGGUCUCGAGCAUGAUAUUACCGCCCGGAACUACAGGCCGUCUCCGUUUGGGCGUCAAUCGCCAGCUCCCAAUAGCCAAUCUCCGGACGACAACUCUUUCCCAUUUGAGGUCUCACCGAUUGUACCCUACUCUUCCCUCGCGACUCUCGCGGAAUUCACGUACUCGUCACCCACAUCGGGCGUCGAUCCUUCUCUGUCUGCCUCCACAAAUCACCUUCCUUCGAGCGGUCGAUCUGAGGCCCGUGGGCACGAGUCUCCAGACCCGGACGACUUCUAUCGCCAGCCGGACGAGUCAGAUGCCAACGCGACCAGCGAUCUCGGAAAUGUGACAACGCGCGCCAGUAACAGCAUGGCAAGCUAUCGCAACCCGAAUGACAGAGUGUCGUCCCUGCCAGCGAACGUACUUGAUCCCACACGUACUAGACGGCCGACCUACCGUUCCACCUCGGAUUCACCAACGCUGGGAGGUCCCUCAACCACUGUAUCCUCGAAUGUCCCUUCCACCAGAUCACGCAACACAUCCAUCAAAGAGCUCGUGAGCAAAUUUGAACAAAAGUCCGACCUGGUCCUUCCCUUGCCUUCCACGUCACAAACACCUUCACGAGCUGCGAGCCCCGCCGGUAGUGUCGACGGUGAUCAUUCACGCUUCGCGCCUCGUCGCAACUUGCGCGACUCGCGGCCUCCGAUCUUUGCGACGAGUAACUCUUCACCGCAACUUGAGUCGGCGCUAACCUCGCCUGAGGUCGAAAGAUCGCCAGAACCCAGCGCCAUCAUACCACCACCUCUCCUCGAACGAGUACCCAUCCCUCACUCGCGGCGGCCGUUGUUUGGCGAACUUCUCUCUGUCAACACCCAGCUCAAUAACUUGGGAUACGGUAUUCCGGCGCAUCUGAGACGUCGUGGCUCGGAGGGCGGUAUACCAAGCCACAAGCCAGCGUUUGCCGAGCACUCUGAUCUGCCCCUUGCUCGUUCGCCGUUGACUCCAACUGCGUGGUACCUCGGAGAGGCUGGUUCUCUUGAAGCUGUGAGCGCCGCAAACACGGCACAACAGCGCAUGACCGGACAUCGCAGAGUGCAGAGUGAUUUCUCUACAAAUUGUCAAAAGAAGCCCCUCGCUGACCCUUGGGAAGCUGACAUGGCUGUGUCGGUACCCUUGAAUUUGGCCAAGCCCGGUGAUGGGUCGCCAGAUAGCCCAAAUUCCAAGUCCCGCAUUCCUGUCUCCUCGCAUCGUCUUCUCACUGCUUCCGGCUCCGAGAGCCUUUUACCAACCGAAAAUAACCCGACAUUCAGCAGCCGAUCGAAUGCCAUUCCUUUACCUCCAAAGGGUGCCAGUCGCCUUCCUAAACCGUCAUUGAAGGAAAAUCCGCCCCGUAUGAAGGAAAAUGAUACCGCCUUAUUUGCGAUAACGGCUCGUGGCAGGCGGGAUAUGUCAAUUGGCCGAACCCGUACUCAGGUACCCGAACGGAACCAGCAUCUUCAGGCCUACAUUUCCGUACCUCCCCCGAAGAAAUCUCCGCCAUUACGCAGCUCCCGACCCCGACAGCCGAUAUCUCACGGUGCUCCGAUCUCGCCUCGUCCCAGAGUUGGUGAUCGAAUUUCGUCAAUUCAAAAGUCCGCAGACCGUGAUACCGAGGCUCGCAACCCCCGGCAGCGACAGCGGCGAAUUCCCGAAUUAGGCAAUGUUGAUUUUGAGACUCGGCGACAAAGGAUCCAACAAGCAUUUAAUCGGACAGUCCAGGAGAAUGAGAGAAAAGAAGAGGAGGCUGCAGAAAUUCGACGAAGAAAAUCACAAUCCCUUGAAGCAGGUAACAUCGGUCAGUCUCCAUCGGAUGAGAAGACAUUAACACCCGCUACGGCGGUAAAUUCUAUCCCGCCGCCUAUCGAGAUGGCGACUGUCGUCAAAGAGUCAACCGAGACUGUCGGUGAUUGCGAUGUUCACCGCAAUCUACCUCAAAUGAAUUUGAUUACCGUUGGCGACCUCCCAAGCAACGACAAAUUUGGAACUGAUAUGGAUUCUCCCACGCUAGGCAUUCCAGAUGGACAUCAUCGGGAAUUGCGCGAUAACGUACCAGACUCAGCAGUCACCGCGAGCUCCGAUGAGACUCAAGCAACAGACUUUGACAUUGAACCUCAAUCAGACUUGAUCGAGCGGAAACCCAGCGCUGAUCAUCGGACUUUGUUGAACCACAUCAUGCAGAUUCGCGAAUCUAGUGACAGUGACUCGUGCGACGAACCGGAUUGUAGCAUGUCAGAGACCGAUGAAAAACAAUCGAUUCAGAUCAUGCUUCGUGGUACGACUUACUACAACUCCGCAGGUACAACGGAUACGGAAGAGCCGCGUCAGCUUGCACGGCACUCGCAAGACGCUCAACACCAGACCAGAUGGAGUUUGAGCUCCUGGUCCUCUUCAGUGCAUAAUCAAAUUGAUACGUGCGACGAAGAGUGCGAUGAGAGUAGUGAUGAUCUGGUUCUUCAGAUGCCCCAGCCAGUCCAAGGAGAGCCACCCACUCAGUCAUGUUCAGCUGCUUCAACAAGGCCCCCAUCAGAAAAUGUUGAUUCAAUUCAGGACAUUGGAGUAAUGAACCCUGACACCCUCGACCAUAUGCCACACAUGCAAUCUUCUACUAUGUUCGAUACUCCUCCGAGUCUGGCAAAACAAGGCAGAUGGGACUCUCGUCGUGCAACUCAGCUCUAUCUCGAGGAGUUGACCCGGGGUAGGAACAACCCUGAUAUUCAUCUUUCUACCACGCGUGCUUCUCCCGAUUACAGCUCGCUUGAAGUGGACACCCGAGGCCAAAGCCAGGUCGAUGUCGUGAGCGUCUUUCCCACGGUGCAUGUCUUGUCGGCCGCGAAGACUGGGAAAAUGCUUCCCCUCUCCAUUAUGGACUGGAUGCAUGUUGCUGCGGAAGAUGAAGAUGUCACACCUGCUCAUGACAAACCUGAGUUUUUCAGUGAUGGUGCACCUACACCUACACCGCGCUUGAAUAAUUCUGUCGCUGAAUUGGAAGGUUCCAAUGAUCCGAACACGGGCCUUGGAGUCUCCAUCAAUCAUCAAGCCGCAUUCGAGCUCCAGCGCCGACCUGUAGAACUAUCCGGGGACAUUGCCGAAAGUGCCAGCGAUGAAUCUCAAACCGUCCAGGCGCCUCUUUCAGCUUUGGGCCGAGUUCCGACCCUCCGUGACCCUACAUUCAGUACUGGAAGUAGCGCCGAUUCGUCAUUCCAGCGCGUCGAAUCUAUCCAGUCCCCUCAAGCUGCGGGCUCAUCCGCUACCUCACUCGCUCCGUCCUUGGAGCAUCCCGCUCUCGCGGAGCCGAAGAAAUCACCUUCUCCUGAACAGCGCCGUCUGAAAAAGCGACGCCAUAUUAUCAAGGAGCUUGUCGAUACCGAAUAUACAUUUGGUCGAGAUAUGAAGGUUGUCGAUGACAUCUACAAGGGUACGUCAAGCUCUUGCUUGGAUCUAUCCGUGGAUGAUGUGAAGGUUUUGUUUGGCAACUCCGACCAAGUUGUUCAAUUCUCCAUGAGCUUGCAAGAUGCACUGAAGAAAGCUGCUCGGAGUGUCUACAUCAUGCCGCGAUCUCAGCGCUGGGCAAGCAGACGCAACGCGCGAAACCCUCAAAGUGUGGCGGAUGAACAGCCGGACGGGGAAAGUGACAUAUCAAAUGUCGAGAAAGACCGUGCCACGAAUAUUGGUGCGGCGUUCGUGACCCACAUGACUCAAAUGGAGAAGGUGUACACCGAAUAUCUGAGGAAUCACGAUGCCGCCAACAAGAAAUUGCAGCUUCUGCAACGCAACCCCAAGGUUGCUAUCUGGCUCAAAGAGUGUCGCGAAUGGGCUUCGGAUCUCACAAGCGCCUGGGACUUGGACUCCUUGCUUGUCAAGCCUGUACAACGGAUCUUGAAGUAUCCUCUUCUUCUCGCGGACCUGCUGGAAUCCACUCCCGAAGACCAUCCCGACCGUGCGAGUCUGUCGUCAGCUCUGCUGGAAGUGACUAACAUCUCUGUUCGUAUCAAUGAGAUGAAGAAGCGCGCCGAUCUCGUCACCCAAGUUGUGGGUCGCAAGCGUAACCAGUCCGAUGUGCGAACGGGUCUGUCCAAGGCCUUUGGUCGCCGAACUGAGAAAUUGCGCCAGCAAGUUGGAUUGUCCGAUAUGUACGAGGACAGGGAGUACGAUGCCCUUGCCGAAAAGUUUGCGGAACAAUUUAUCCAGUUGCAGCUGGUUGUUCGUGAUGUGCAGGAUUAUGUUGAGUCAACCAAGAGAUGGAUGAUCCAGUUCAAUGAACUUGCGACUUCUAUUGAGGCCUUCCUCGACGUGCACAACUCUCCAUACCCGGAGCUAGAGAGCAAGUGGCGCCAAUUCAGGAUGUACGUCCGAGAUAUCAUCACUAACGCCUUACCUGAACAUAUUGAUGUUGUCACAAAGUCUUGCAUUGAUCCUACCUCGAAAUUAAUUUCGCUGUACACUGGACCGGAGCGUGUGAUGAAGAAACGACAGAAGCGCCUGUUGGAUUAUGGACGCUAUAAGUCGAUCGUGGAACGUGGAGAGAAACCCGACAAGAAGACCACUGAGCAGGGCGAGCAAUUCGUCGCUUUGAAUGAGACCCUGAAGGAUGAGCUGCCCAGACUCUUCGCAUUGUCAUCCAAAUUCGGUCAAGCCUGUUUACAAAACCUAGCCGACAUUCAGCUGACCUGGUGGACUAUUUUGCAGCAGAAAGUCGCACCCUUCGUGGAGAUCUUCCCGGAUGACAUGCAGAAGUUGAUCAGCGACUGGAACAGUGACUUUUCGUUCUCGGAAGCACAGGUCCUCUCCCUUGGUAUUUGUAAUGGUUCUCUCAUGGCUGACGCUGUCAACCUGGUGAAUUUCAAUACCCCGUCCAACAAGGAUUUCAACUCUUCGCGUCGUCCGUCGACGACUACCAGCUCCAAUCCUCGCCCGCAUUCUUUUGCCGAAGAUUCACCUAAGGUGUCUCAUGACUACGGAACCGGUCAACUGUUCCAGUCUCCAAGAAUGUCUAGUCACUCCGCUGCCCGCACUCGGGCCGAUUCAUCGUUCUCUGGGCGCACUCGGCCAGAACACCUCAACACUCCAGACCUGGGACGGAGUCAGUUACUGCAACAGGUGACCAAUUCCUUUGGCACCAGCUCGCAACCUUCAGUGGAAACGGAAUCGAUCCCCAGCCUCCCCAGGCUUAGUCUAGACACCCCCUUCCUCGCCGACGUGAUCAACGCCCCAUCAAGCGUUGAGCCCGUCAGUGAGCAGCCCCCCACUUCUCCAGUUGGCCGCUACUCCAACUUCUUCUCGUCGGCGAUGCCGAUGUCUGAUACCCCUAGCGAUGGAGGUGUCGCUGUAGAGGCCGCGCCCGUGGAACCCACCGUCCUGUUCCACGUGGCCAGUCUCUACGAGUUCAACAUCGACCGGUCGCGUCGCGAGGCGGGUUAUCCUUAUUUGACCUACGACACUGGCGAUAUCUUUGACGUCGUCGGGGAGAAGGGCGAGUUGUGGCUAGCACGGAACCAAGACGAUCCCACCCGUCAGAUCGGUUGGAUUUGGACGCGGCAUUUCGCGAAACUCUCGAUCUAG